UUUAUGCAGAAAGGGGCGUUUUCAGGGGGCGGGGCUUAUUCUGUAACACGGAACUGUUGUUUUGGACUCAUCGUUGAAGAGCGAAAAGAAGAAAACGCAUCUUCUGUCACUUCGAAGAAACUCUAUAUUUGGUUUAACCUAUUGUCAUAAAAGAUGUUCCGCUUGCGGGCGCUUUCGGCGGCCUCUGUGGGCCUGGCCCUGAUGUCUCGGCGCUACCACAGUGGGCCGGUGCGGACCCAGGGCCGACGGAGACUGAUACUGGCAGCCCUGGCUGGGGUCACAGGGAUAUCGGCCAGCACAGGACUGCUCUGGACAAGGGCGUACGCGGACGCCGGCCCGUCGGUCCGUCACGCCGAGGGGGCGGAGCCUGAGGCCGAGGAGUUCCCCAAGGACGCCGAAUCGGACGUGGAGUCGGACAAGUCUGUGGAGGCCACCAGUGGAGAGGAGGAGGGAGGGGAGGAGGAGGGCGGCGCCGGCAGCGAGGGGAAGAAAAAGAAGGUCCGCUCUGGAUUCCGCGACCGCAAGGUGAUGGAGUAUGAGAACAGGAUCAGGGCGUACUCGACCCCGGAUAAGAUCUUCCGCUACUUUGCGACGCUGAAGGUCAUCAGCGAGCACGGAGACCCCGAGGUGUACAUGACCCCCCAGGACUUUGUGCGCUCCAUCACCCCCAACGAGAAGCAGCCUGAGAGUCUGGGCUUGGACCAGUUCAUGGUGAAGCGCUACGAUGGCAAGGACUUCUGGCAGGUAUGAGGCGCGUGCCGAACAGCAUGCGUGCGUGUACCCCUGAAUGACAAUACUGCACUGUGUACAUAGUUGCCCACCCACCUCCGAUCUCCCUACUCCUCUCUCUCUCUUGUACUCUCUCGCUCUUUCUCUCUCUCGCUCUCUCUCUCUCUGGCGUUCUCUCUGACUCUCUCUCUUUCUCUUUCUCUCUGACUCUCUCUCUCAGGCUCUCUCACUAUGGCUCUCUCUCUCUCUCUCUCUCUCUCUCUCUCUCUCUCUCUCUCACUCUCUGGCUCUCUCUCUCUUUCUCUCUCUCUCUCUUUCUCUCUGUCAUUCUCUCUCGCUCUCGCUCUCGCUCUCUCUCGCUCUCUCUGGCUCUCUGGCUCUCUCUCGCUCUCUCUGCCUUUUCUGUUCCUCAACUGCCCUGUUCCCGUGCUGGUGGUGUGUAGAACGGGGGGGCGUGGAGUAGGC